CAAAAAAGUAUAUUUUAUAAACAUGAUUAAUAAACAUAUUAAAUGAAAACUAAAAAUGACUAACUUAUUGAACAUUGUGAAAACUAUAUCUAAUAGAACUAUUCACACCAAUAUUAGAAAUUAUGCAAGAAAUAAUUAUUUUAAAAGACUUUAUUCCAAUAAUACGAAUGAAACUAAAAAACGGGGUAUAAGAUCGACUCUUUACUAUGUGACAGCCGCAGGAGUUGUAACAGUAGGUUUAAGUUAUGCUGCAGUGCCAUUAUAUAGGCUGUUUUGUCAAGCUUACAGCUAUGGAGGAACAGUGUCCACAGGUCAUGAUGCAGAAAAAGUAGAAACCAUGUCAGCAGUGAAACAAAAACCCUUAAAGAUUAAAUUCAAUGCUGAUACCGCAGCUAGUAUGAGAUGGAAUUUUAAACCCCAACAAUCAGAAAUAACUGUGUAUCCAGGAGAGACAGCUUUGGCUUUCUACACCGCAAUGAAUCCCACAGAUGCUCCCGUAGUAGGUAUUAGUACAUAUAAUGUGGUUCCAUUUGAGGCAGGGCAGUAUUUUAAUAAAAUCCAAUGUUUUUGUUUUGAAGAACAAAUGUUAAAUCCUCAUGAACAGGUGGAUAUGCCUGUGUUUUUUUAUAUAGAUCCAGAAAUUACUGAAGAUCCAUAUAUGGAAUUUGUAAAUGAGAUAACAUUAUCAUAUACAUUUUUCGAAGCCAAGGAGGGUUUGAACCUACCUCUACCUACAUUUGUUAAUACUGUUAAAUAAUAGUUAGGAAAUAAAAGUCUAUUGUAUUUUUAUUAAGUUCUUAUUUUAUUAUACAAUUAUUUUCAGUUUGUGCAGUUGCAGGUGGAUUUUGAUAUUUUUGUCACUGGUACUUUAGCUAGGAUUUUUAAACAUUCAACAUUUUGUAAUAUCCUACUGUGAACAGAGUUAUGUAUCACUAGACAAAUAGCCACUUCCUUAAAUUCGAAAUCUACCUUUAUAAUAGUUUUUUGGAAAUGAUUAGCUAUACCAAGAACCAUUUUUCUUGUAAUGGAUUUUUUAUUACUAGACCAAUAUCUUAUAGGUCUUAUCAAUAGUCAAUAGGCUUAUCACUAGGAAAUUUAUAUUUCCUAGUGAUAAGCCUUUGUUAGUAUAGUAAUUUUUAUAAACGCAAAGUAUUUCAAAAUGUCUUUACCUGAAAUACUCAGGGAGUUGAAAACAGUUUAGUUAAAUAGUAGCCAUUUUACAUAAUGAAAAUACUUAAUAUUCAACUAUUGGUAAAUGAAAUUUUUCACAAAAAUUCAAGAAGUAUAUAGAAUUAGGACAAAUUAUUGACAUUAUAUUAAUUUUUUUUAAAUUUAAUUCUUUUGUUCAUGAGUUACUAGACUAUGGGCGAAUUUAAACUCAUAGCAAACUAAUACAACUGGUAGGGAGUUAAAAUGCAUAAAGGUAUCACAGUAUUAAUACAGGACGAACAUUCACAACAGUUUGAAAAACAUCAGACUACAAUAUGGAAAUGAUUUGGUGUGUAUCCCUUUCAACAGUCUUGGUGUAAUACAAAUGUGUAAUUUACGAUAAAGAGAAAAACCGUAAACCUAACAUAUUGGUCAUAAUUUACUGUCAACAAUUAUAGCUCUUAGGUAGUAGCUGUUUCUUAUAACUAUAUACAUGAUGAUCUGCUUUGGAUUGACAAGACAAUUAAAAUCAAAAAACAAAAAUAAUAUACAAAACUUAUUUUGCCAGUGCUUCCAUAUGGAUUUAUCUCCAAAACACAUAAAAAUAAUACACUGGUCUUUGAAUGAAUGAUCCUAAGAUGAGUAUUUGGUGAAAUUUCUAGAGUGGGGUUCAAAUAUUACGUAGAUAAAAAAUAUCUAAUGGAAUAGAUGUAGUAUCAUAAAAACAGGAAAGCUAAGGUGCCUAGGAUAUCUAGCACAAGCAGAUACCGAGUGAAGUAGACAGAGAAAUAGGUCAAAACUUGGAUGGAAAUGUGUUAAAAUCCUCGUUUUAUUUUUGUGAGACACCCCGUAUAUACUCCAAAACCGUCUUGGCUGUAACACACUUUUACAAAUGGAAAGAGCCACUUGGAAAGUUUUGGCAAUAAUACUUUCACAAGAAACAAGUGACCUACAGAAAUAAAGAAAGUGAAACAAGGAUUUUAACACGUUAGGAAAACUGGUGUACUAACUUGCAACAGUUGUCAAUAGAUAGGACUGAAUAGCGAAGAAGAUUAAUAAGGUGGACUCUCUAUUUUAAUGGUUUAGCGUCAGUGGUAAUACAGAAUCAUAUUUUAGUCUUUUGUUCAUCGAUAAAGUUAGUUAGAAACCUUGACAAUAGAGGAUAUUGUUGCAGGUAGAAUAUCUAGAAUACAAUAUCUGCUGAGACGGUCGGAUCAAAGUAAUACAAUAUCAACUAAUAUUGCUUGAAGCUUCAUAAAGAGCUUUACAUACAUAUUAUUAAACAGAAACUGCGUACAGCACACGGCAUCACAUUUUUAUAAACGAUAACGUAGGAAGCAUAUAGGUAGUAUUAAACCAAUAGUGAUCGACAAAUGAGUCCAUUUAAAACUUUUGUUUUUAUUUUUUCGUAUAGGUAAUUAAGCAGGUUUUACAUAAAAAAAUCGAAAAUUUUUUGUGAAAAUUCAUUAUAUUACGAUAUUACUGUGUUAUACUAGAAUGAAAUUAAGUCAAAUAAUUUUUUGGCAUUGUGUCUAGUGAUACAUAACGCCGUAGAUGUAUAAUCAAAGUGCCAGAACCAAACAACUUAUUUAUUCUACUGAUCCAACUUCCACGAUUAAUAUUUAAUAGUAGCUGUAAUAGGGAAUGAUCUUCGUAGACCCAUACACUUUUCCCUGUCUAUAAAUAAUGAAUUUACUUUGCUGUGUAAAUCAGUCUCUAGGGUAGAACGGGUUUUUAGUAGCUGCUGAUGUUGGGCCUCAGCUUCCUGCAACUUUCUAUGUAAUAUUUCUAUGCUGUCUU